UGACUUCAAUGCGGCUUGGGAGGUGCUAGAUCUAGCACGGGCGAUAUACGCCAAGCAGAAUGAGGAAGAAUCGAAUGAGGAUGUACAACUCAAGCUGGCAGAUACUUAUAUCGCAUUGGGGGAUGUCUCGCUUGAAACAGAGAAAUUCGACCAGGCCAUUACAGAUUACGAAGCCGGCCUGGACUUGAAAAAGGACUUGCUACCGCGCAGUUCGCGGCAAAUCGCUGAAGCU